UACGAUUUUAAUUUCAAAAUCAUCUUUUCUCGCUAGAAACCCUAAAAUCACAGCGGUUUGUUGAAGUGAAGCAAAAAAUGUCGACAAUGACUGAGUCGUUUAGGGCCCUGCAAAAUGUGACUGACGAGCUCUUCAAUCUUCCUCCAACAAGGGAAUGCGGUAGGUGCAACCAUGGAAGGUUGCUUCUGUACACAUCAUGGACAAAAACGAACCCUGGGAGAAGAUUCUGGAGAUGCUCGAAGUCAAGGACACCUCAAGACUGUGGUGCAUUCCGCUGGUAUGAUGGCGAGGUACCCUGUGAGCUAAACAUGAAGUUUACCAUCCUGUUGGACAAGAUUAAGGUACUGAAAGAUGAGGCUGCAGUUUACGACAAUCAAAUUAUUGAAAUGGCAAAUAGAAUUAAGAGGUUGGAAGCGGCACAGGAAAAAGCUGCAAUUGCUUUUGCACACAUACAGGAUCAGAAUGAUAGGCUAUUGAAAGAGAAUCAGGAACUGCAAAUGAAAACAGACGGGUCACAAACUUGUUCCUGGUUUUGCAAGAAAGCUUUGAUGGUGUUAUUGUGCAUUUAUGUUUUGUUUUGUUAUGUGAUGUGAUCGUGAAGGAGUAGGAAUGUAUUCUGUGUGGUUGUAGGUCUUGAAGAAAUGGAGGUACUGGCAGCCGAAGUUAGGGUGAUGGCAGCCGAUGUUCUACUUCGACAAUGUACUGAUGUUGAUUUUGUAAUGCAUCCGGUUACUGCUAAUCUAGUUAGUAUAGUAUGAAAUAGGUUUUUGAAUGUAGCCGGUUGUUGUGUUAGGAUGAUGUACUAAUAUUAUUAAUCUAUGUAAUAGUGUAUCAAAACUUCGUUCGUGUAAUGUUAUGGACAAGUAACUAUGUAUUGUUAGGUUUUUUGUAAGUAUGUCGUUCCACCUUUAGGUGAAUCUGUACUGACAUUGCAAGUAUAAGUGAUUUGAAAGUGUACGUAUGUUGGAGAAAUUUGCAA